UUGCAUACCUGGAUGUAAAAUUAAUGAAUGAGUUAAAAAUAUAUGUAUAUAUGCAACGUAGAGCCGGAACGUCAGCCCAGAUGUUUUUGACGUUUUGGGGAUCGCGCGCCCCGCCUUCUUUAGCCGCGUCCUCUCGCGAGGGUUGCUCAGUCGAGAGUCCGAUCCCAGGACGGAGGGAGCGAGCGAGGGGCGCUGGGGUGAGUCUGUAAACAUCCCCCCUUUACUGCCCGCCCGAAACACAGCAGCGACACCCGCUUCCACCCGCUUCCACCCGCCGGGAGCCGAGCCCGGGUUACAAGUAAAGUGUUACUCGUUUUGGGGGAGAAAAAAACAAUGGGUGAUGACCGACCGUUUGUGUGCAGCGCACCAGGAUGUGGGCAGCGGUUCACGAACGAGGACCACUUGGCCGUUCACAAACACAAACACGAGAUGACGCUGAAGUUCGGACCUGCCAGAACAGACUCUGUUAUAAUCGCUGACCAGACCCCCACGCCCACCCGCUUCCUGAAGAACUGCGAGGAGGUGGGUCUGUUCAACGAGCUGGCCAGCUCCUUCGAGCAGGAGUUCAGGAAGGCCACGGAGGACGACGAGAACAAGCGCGUGAAAGUCACGCCCGGGGCGCUGGGCAUGACGUUGGCUUUGACCCCAGAGGUGAAGGUGAAGAAGGAGGAGUCGGUGGACGUCGAUGACUCCUCCCCUCCAGACAGCCCCCGUUCCUUCACCAGCAUGUCGGACAGCGAGGAUGCAGAGGAGGUGCCCCCGAAGCCUGUGCUGAACUCGGCCCCCACCCCCACGAUCGUGCGGCCGGGAUCCCUACCUCUGAACCUGGGUUACGACCCCCUGAACCCCACACUGCCCUCCCCCACCUCUGUCAUCACACAGACCCCGCCUUCCAACAGGCAGCUUGGUUCACCCUCAGGCCCGUACUCCGUCCUGAUGCAGCUUCCGAAUGGACAAGCCAUGCCACUCCCGGGACCCCCUGUGCAGAUGACCUCAGUCAUAUCGCUGGCCCGGCCUAUCUCAAUGGCUCCCAAUAUCCCAGGGAUCCCAGGACCUCCUAUGAACAGUAGCAGCGGCCCUGCCUCUCCCAUUGGCAUGCACAUACCCUCCGAGGCCAAGAUGCGGCUGAAGGCUGCCCUCUCGCACCAGGUCCCCUCUUCCCUGAACGGAGCUCUGAUGAUGGGGUCGGCAAGCAGCAUGGGGCCGUCCCGGCAGGAGCAGAGCCAACUGCUGGUGCAGCAACCCGACGCACCCUCCCCGGUCCAGCCACAGGUGUCCCCAGCCCAGCCCACAGGAGGGAGACGGCGCCGGACCGCAGAGGACGACCCAGACGAGCGGAGGCAGCGCUUCCUGGAGCGGAACCGGGCCGCGGCCUCGCGCUGCCGCCAGAAACGCAAAGUCUGGGUGAACUCUCUGGAGAAGAAGGCAGAGGAGCUGUCCGGCAUGAACGUGCAGCUCUCCAACGAAGUGUCGCUGUUGAGAAACGAAGUGUCUCAUCUGAAGCAGCUCCUGCUGGCUCACAAGGACUGCCCUGUCACCACCCUGCAGAAGAAAGCCUACAUGGGAGGAGAGGAGAGCCCGAAGGACAUGACGGAGCCCACAGCGUCCCCCGCCCCCGUCAUCCAGCACAGCUCCAUGAGCCCCCACACCCCCAACGGCAUGAGCACUCGCGAGGCGGCCGAGGCUCUCGCCAUGUCUGUGCUGGCAGGCAUGGGCAACGCCCCUCGCCCCGCUCACAGUGGCCCCGCCCACAGCAGCUCCGCCCACGUGAUCAUGGCCCCACAGUCCCAGUCUGCUGGCAGAUGAUGGUGAAGAAGUGAAGGGAGCCCUAGAAGUAACCGACGCAGCGAGAGACUGAGGGAGGGGAGGAGACCCUGAGUGAGGGAGGGAGGCAGGCAGGCAGGCAGGCAGGGAGGGAGUCCCCCUCGCCACCUUCAUCCUGCUACCCCUUCCACCUUUGUACUAAACAGCCAGCAGGGAUGGAAAUAAGACUGGCGUUGCGCAGCAGUUUUUCAUUUGUUCUUGGUUUUUCUAUGAGUUUAGUAAGACACGCAUACCUGAGAUUGUUACUGUACCUGUAUAGACACUGUGGCUGAUCGAGCUCAUGGCAAAACCUGGACUGGGCGACACUGCUGUGCAGCAGGAGUCUUGUUCCCACCCCUGGCUGAGGGUUGGCGUUGGUUUGGGGCUGAGGGGGGGGAUAUCUUUGUGGUAAUACUGUACAGUUUAAAGAGACAACUUACUGCAUUCUUUUUUUUUUUUUAAAAAGGGGGUGGUUUCGUAAAACGAUUUUAGCAUAUUUUUGUAUUUUACUUUUUUUUUUUUUUUUUUUUUUUUUUUUUUACCUGCAAGCUCUUCAGUACAAGUAUAGCAGGUACUGCGGGUUUGCAAGCAUAACGCAAGCAAGCAUUGCAUGCACUUGGUUUCAGGCAGAGCUCUUCAAUCGCUACUGCUUCCUAAAGAUUAGUACUCACAGGUGAAAGUGUGGCGCAGCGGUGAGAGCUGGUGGACUGGGAGCCGCGGCGCAGCGGUGAGAGCUGGUGGACUGGGAGCCGCGGCGCAGCGGUGAGAGCUGGUGGACUGGGAGCCGCGGCGCAGCGGUGAGAGCUGGUGGACUGGGAGCCGCGGCGCAGCGGUGAGAGCUGGUGGACUGGGAGCCGCGGCGCAGCGGUGAGAGCUGGUGGACUGGGAGCCGCGGCGCAGCGGUGAGAGCUGGUGGACUGGGAGGCAGUGUGGCCCAGCGGUUAGAUAUGGUAGACUGGGAGGGAGUGUGGCCCU